GAGAAGGCGAGGGGAAGAGUCCGGCAGAAGGUCCUGUUUACGGCAGCUGCGGAGUCCCCGCGGCCCGGGGAGAGGCGUUGCCGUGGCGACGGGCCGGGCGCCCGCCAGCUGCGGAUGAGCUCACUGCGGCGGCGGGGCGCGGGCGGGGCGGGGCGGCGGCGCGGAGCCGCGGGGCGGGCGCGAGGGGGACGCGGCUGCGGGCCGAGCCCGCCUUCUCUCGCCCACGGCCGCGGCGGGGCGGCGGCGACGCGAGCGCAGGGAGCUCAGCUCUCCCUCCCGGAGGAGGCCCGGCGGACCCCCGGGCGGAGGGCUGCGGGCCAUGGCGCCCCGGGCCCCCGCCGCCUGCAGCCCCCGGCCCCCCGGGCGCCGGGAGCUGCGCCUCGGAGCCAGCGGAGCCGCGGCCCGCCUGGAGGGUCCAGGGGGAAGGUCCAAAGGCUGGGGAAGAUCCUCAAAGGCAGCCGUGUAGGUCCUCCAAUCCUUUCCUAAAGACGGAUCAGGACUCACCCCUUCAAAGAAGCCCGUUGGAAAACCUCAAUAACCUGAAGCUAAAGUUAAGAGUAGACUGUUUUCAGCAGAACAUGUUCAACUCAAAUAUGAUCAUCAGUGACCCAGCUUCAGGUCUCAAUGCUAAAGAAGCCAGCAAGCCUGGCAGGAGGCAGCUCAGCGGUGUUCAGAACCUCUGUCCUGCCCGAGGCAGAGCCGGGCACAAGUCCCUCAGCAUAAAGGACAAGAUAUCAGAAUGGGAAGGGAAAAGGGAGUCGCCCACUCCUGCACCUGGCAGGAAAGCAAAUGGGCAAGAGGAUUACCUGGCAUCCUGCAUAACGGACAGGAGAUGUGAUGAUGGUGUGAUGACUCAGGUCACAGCAGCUGAGAACGGAACGAGGCUGGAAAGAGAGAGCAAAGAGAAUGAGAGGAAUAAGGAGAGAGUGGAAGUCGUGAGACAGAAUGCAGAGCGGAGGCUAGACCAGCCAGCCAGGGAGUUGUCUCCGAGCAUGGGCAAAGGCCUAGAGCUGAAGCUUAGCAAACAGCGCUUUCAGAAUGAUAGCCUGUCUGUGCUGGUGCAGGUCAAGAAACUUGAGCAGGCUCUGAAGGAUGGCGUGGCAGGGCUGGAUCUCCAGUUACCAGGGACUUGUUAUUCCCCACAUUGUGUGCCGGACAAGGAAGGGCCCAGCCUAACAGGGAACCGUGGAUGUGGGAGUGGCUCAGAAUUCAGGUCCUACCAGUUGGACCUGGAAGCCAGGCAGCCCACCCCUGAGGUUGCAGAGGAAUGGAGAGGUACCUACGGGAAAUCCUGUGAUCAGAGUCGAGAGAGUGUAUACAGAGGCUCCUCCUCCAAACACUUCAUCAACCCCCUGCCCAAACCCCGGAGAACGUUCAUGCAUGAUGGAGAAGGGGACAAGGAUGGGACCCCAGGCAUCAGCUUCAGGAAAGAUCGCCGGAACCUGCCCCCUCUGCCUACUCUUCCUCCCCCACCCCUGCCCUCCUCGCCACCACCUUCCUCUGUGAAUAGAAGACUGUGGAAUGGGAGACCAAAGCCCAGUGCUGACCACAGAAAGUCCUAUGAGUUUGAAGAUUUACUGCAGUCUUCCUCUGAGAACAACAGGGUCGACUGGUAUGCACAGACUAAGCUGGGGCUCACAUGCACUUUAUCAGAGGAGAACGUCUAUGAAGACAUUCUAGACCUGCCAACGAAGGAAAACCCUUAUGAGGACAUUGACUUACAUGGUCGCUGCCUGGGAAAAAAAUGUGUCUUGAAUUUUCCUGGUUCUUCCGCCUCUUCAAUCUCUGACACAUCCACCAAGCAGUUAUUGUCCAAACCUGCUUUUUUCCGGCAAAAUUCAGACAGGAGGAACUUCAAACUGCUGGACACUAGGAAGCUGAGUCGGGAUGGAAUGGUGUCCCCUUCCAGAAUCAGCCCCCCUUCCACCCCCAGCAGCCCUGACGACACUUUCUUUAACCUUGGGGACCUGCCAAAUGGCAGGAAGAAGAAAAAGAUACCCAAGCUGGUGUUGCGAAUCAAUGCCAUUUAUGAGGCCCGAAGAGGAAAGAAACGAGUGAAGAGGCUGUCCCAGUCCACAGAGAGCAACUCAGGAAAAGUGACAGAUGAGAACAGUGAGUCUGACAGUGACACCGAGGAGAAGCUGAAAGCUCAUAGCCGACGCCUGGUCAAUGUGAAGUCCCGCCUGAAGCAGGCUCCAAGAUACUCAUCACUUGACCGAGAGCUUAUCGAGUACCAGGAGAGGCAGCUCUUCGAGUACUUUGUGGUCGUGUCAUUGCACAAGAAGCAGGCAGGGGCCGCCUACGUGCCAGAGCUCACCCAGCAGUUCCCCCUGAAGCUGGAAAGGUCUUUCAAGUUCAUGAGAGAGGCUGAGGACCAGCUGAAGGCCAUCCCCCAGUUCUGUUUCCCCGAUGCCAAGGAUUGGACUCCUGUCCAGCAGUUUACUAGUGAAACCUUCUCAUUUGUCUUAACUGGAGAAGACGGAGGCAGAAGGUUCGGUUACUGCCGAAGACUGCUGCCUGGUGGCAAAGGGAAGCGUCUCCCUGAAGUUUACUGCAUCGUGAGCCGCCUGGGAUGCUUCAGCCUUUUUUCAAAGAUCUUGGAUGAGGUGGAAAAACGCCGAGGCAUCUCUCCUGCCCUGGUCCAGCCCCUCAUGAGGAGUGUCAUGGAAGCCCCUUUCCCAGCCUUGGGCAAAACCAUCAUUGUCAAGAACUUCCUGCCAGGAACAGGAACUGAGGUGAUUGAACUGUGCCGCCCGCUGGACUCCCGGCUCGAACAUGUGGACUUUGAGUCCCUCUUCUCUUCUCUCAGCGUCCGCCACCUGCUCUGUGUUUUUGCCUCCCUGCUUCUGGAAAGGAGGGUCAUCUUCAUCGCAGACAAACUCAGCACGCUGUCCAAGUGCUGCCACGCGAUGGUGGCCAUCACCUACCCCUUCACCUGGCAGCACACCUACAUCCCCGUGCUGCCACCCGCCAUGGUCGACAUCGUGUGCUCGCCAACCCCCUUCCUCAUCGGGCUGCUCACCAGCUCACUGCCGCUGCUCAGGGAGCUUCCCCUGGAAGAGGUUCUUGUAGUCGACCUCGUCAACAACCGGUUCCUCAGACAGAUGGACGACGAGGAUUCCAUCCUGCCCCGGAAGCUUCAGGUGGCCCUGGAACACAUUCUGGAGCAGAGAAAUGACCUGGCCAGUGACCAGGAUGAAGGGCCCCCUGACUGCAAGCAUGGCCCUGAGUCCAGCCCCUUGAACCAGGUGGUGUCUGAAGCCUUUGUCCGCUUCUUCGUGGAGAUCGUGGGUCAUUACUCCUUGUUCCUGACGGUGGGCGACCGUGAGGAGAGGACCCUGCAGCGAGAGGCCUUCCGCAAAGCCGUCUCCUCCAAGAGCCUGCGCCGCUUCCUGGAGGUUUUCAUGGAGACCCAGAUGUUCCGGGGCUUCAUCCAGGAGCGAGAGCUGCGUCGACAGGAUGCCAAAGGUCUGUUUGAGGUCCGUGCCCAAGAGUACCUGGAGACACUCCCCAGUGGAGAGCACAGCGGUGUCAACAAGUUCCUGAAGGGACUAGGCAAUAAAAUGAAGUUUCUCCACAAGAAAUAACCCUCCGCCCGGACUCGAAGGAAAGUUCUCCCAGAGCAGCCGCGUGUUUAAAGACAGUCCUGUGGCCUUUCUGAAUCGGCCCGGGCAUCCCAGCUCUGGGUCAAGGCCAGGGGGGAUUCUGGCCGCUCCUGAGACCAGGCCUGUCGCCGACAUGCAGAUGGAUUGUUUUGGUUGCUGGUUUUUGGAUUUUUAAUUUUUUUUUAAAUCUUAGUUAUUAAAAAAAAAGAAAAAUG